CUUCCCAUCAUGCCCCUGCUGCCCUCACCAACGUGGCGUCGAUUAUCAGAGUUAAAACUACAGCCUCUCCUGUUGCUGAAUGCUGGUAAACAGUGUGCUGCAGGUCAGAUAUUUCAUUCCCCGCACUUUGAAUGCCACUUGGAUGGUGGCAAGGAGUGCAGCGCAGACAGAGUCUCUGUUUCAUGUUACUGCAGGGCACAGCUCCAUGAUGGAAAUGGGAGAGGAGACACGUGUGGAGCGAGACUCUACGUGUACCAGCAAUGGCAGCGAGCAGUGUCAAAACAGCAGCCUUUUGGAAGCUGCUGAGGACUCUCUACCAAACAGUGCAACUCCGCCAGGAAUGACAAACACAGAGACUGUUAUAAAUGAGGGGAAGGCACAAAUUAUUUUCCCCAGUGCGAAUGAAGUGUUUUAUAACCCUGUGCAAGAGUUUAACCGUGACCUCACAUGUGCUGUCAUGACAGAGUUUGCCCGACAGCAGCUCCUGUCCAAGGGGAUUCAAGUGCUGGUCCCCGGAGAGGAGGAAAGGCAGAAAAUUGUUGUCAACUUGACGGAAAGUGAAAACGCUGGAACUGCAGCAGGAUUGGGAGAUACUUCAGCGUUAAAGAGAACGGCCACUGUCGGGGAGAAAUGUGAGCCUCUGCUUAUCGAGUUUGGUUACCACGUGCAGGGUGGGAUUCGUGUUCUCGAGGGACUGGCAGCAUCUGGACUUCGCUCGAUUCGAUUCGCCAAGGAAGUCCCCGGAAUUCACAGCAUUGUGGCAAACGAUUUUUCUGAGAAAGCAGUGACACUGAUGAAGAGAAAUAUUGAGCUGAAUGAAGUGCAGCACUUAGUAACGGCCAGCUUGGCAGAUGCAAGUAUGCUCCUGUGUGGGUCCAGGAGGAGACAGGACCGGUUUGAUGUGAUUGACCUGGAUCCAUAUGGAAGUCCUUCACAGUUCAUCGAUGCGGCUGUUCAAGCAGUUAGUGAAGGAGGGCUUCUCUGUGUGACAUGUACUGACAUGGCAGUAAUGGCUGGGAACAGUGGGGAGACCUGUUACAGCAAGUACGGAGCCAUGUCGCUGAAGUCAAAGUUCUGUCACGAAAUGGCUUUACGCAUCAUCCUACACAAUUUGGAUCUUCGUGCAAACUGUUACCAGCGAUACGUUGUUCCUGUCCUCUCUGUCAGUGUGGACUUCUAUAUCCGAGUCUUUGUCCAGGUCUUCACAGGACAGGCUAAGGUUAAAGCAUCUGCCAGUAAACAGGCUCUGAUCUAUCACUGUGUGGGCUGUGGCACCUUCCACCUUCAGAGGAUGGGCAAGAUGAUCAGCCAUGGUAACAACUACAAAUACACAGCGAGCUCAGGACCACCCGUGGGAACAGAGUGUGAGCAUUGCUACCAGAGGCACAUGCUUGGCGGCCCAGUCUGGGCUGAGCAAAUCCAUGACCAAGACUUUGUCGAGAGAGUUCUCAAAUCAGUGGAACACAACCCGAAACGCUUCAAGACUUCCGAUAGGAUCCUAGGUGUUCUCAGUAUGGCCAAGGAGGAGUUACCAGACUGCCCUUUAUACUACACAAUGGAUCACCUGAGCAGUGUCAUCCGCUGUAAUACCCCAUCACUCCUACAGAUGAGGUCUGCCUUGCUUCAUGCUGGUUAUCGAGUGUCUCUCUCACAUGCUUGCCAAAAGGCUGUUAAAACUGAUGCACCACCUUCAGUGAUCUGGGAUAUCAUGAGGUGCUGGGAGAAAAUCCACCCAGUGAAGCGAGAGAAGCUGUCCGAGAGCUGUCCUGCCUUUCGAAUCCUCAGCAAAGAGCCCGUUCUGCAGGCUUGCUUCGAUAUCCGGGAAGAUGCAAAUCCCAAAUCGAGGAAGCAAGGGCUAAAGCGAUUCCAGGAAAACCCGGAAGCCAACUGGGGGCCAAAGGCGAGGGCCAAGGUUGGUGGAGGAAUUCAACAAACAUUGGAAGAGAAAAGGAAACGGCUGCAGAAUAAACGGAAGCAGAAACUGGGCGAUUCCGAUUCUGGGAAGACCAUCCCCUGUAAAAUAUUCCGAGAGGGAAACCGUGGAGAGGAUUGUCACCAGGAAGCAACCACAAAGGGAACUGACCAAUAGGCUUCAGAGAGAUGCAGUUUUGUUAACAUUGAACUCUUGAGAGGUAACAAGCCAUCCUGAGUGUGGUUGCAGGAUCCAAAUGUAAAGUGUAAGAUUAGAUAUGCAAGUUUUAUUUAUAAUUAAACUGCAUUGUUUUUAAAGAA